UUUUUGUUUGGUGGCCUACGAGUGCUGACAUUUAUACCUGCUUUCUUUGCUACCCUGUAAGUCCAAAGUGCCGAAGUGAACAUGGAGCCCGGGCCAGAUGCGUUACCCACGGAAAGCCUGCUGAUCAGCCCAUGUACUUCUUUUCGCUGUUGAUUGCGCAAAUGCCACUUUGCUAUAGUCUGUUGUAAUUGGUCAUGGUAACAGUGGCUGCAGCCUUCCAAACCAACAUUGGUACUGUGUUCGGGCGAUUUCACUGCCCCGCCUCCUCACAGUUCUAUACUCUUCAUCCGUCUCGACCCAGCCUGAAUUCAAAAAUAUAGGCUCAUGCGACGUUGCGAGUUGUGAUCCAAGAAGGUAGAAAGAUGGCAGUCUCAUCAUCCACGUAUCAAGAUAUAAUAGACUGGGCGCUAUCCCAGCAAAACCAUGAGGCUACCCACGGCCAGCCAGCCCCUCUCAACCAGAGCCAACGGAAGAUGGUGCUUGAUCUGCACCAAAUCAUCAAGCCAGUACCACAGUUACUUACGGCACCCGAUAUUGGCGAUACAGACUGGGUGAGUCUGUUGUACCGCUACAGACAAUCGAAGCCGGGCACAAGCGAUAUCACCUUCACGGAGCAGCAAGCCGUGGAGUCCACGGUGCGACAGCCCUGCUGGAACGUCUUCGUCGCGCUCGAGGAGCACCCGGACGAGCCAUUUCCCCUCACAUCAUGGGGAAGCGCGGCGCUGCCCUCCUUCGUCCGCAAGAAGGACGCCCGGCAGUAUGCGGCCAAGUGCGCCGCCGAGUGGCUCAUGGCGGAGAGGCUCAUGCCCGACAACGGCCGCGACGUGACCUUCCCCAGGCAGCAAAAGGUGGCCCCCGUCGUUUCGGCGGCUCCACCGGCACCUAAGAGGCAGAAGCUCGCGGCUGCCGGUGCUGCUGCAACUCCUCCCGCAUCCACAGCCCUGAGAUCGGCGGCAGCUGCGAGCUCGUCGUCACCUGCGAAGCAAGAGCCGAAAGCCCCUGCCGAGCCAGAUAUGGACAUGGAUGAGGAUAAGGCAGUCAGCCAGGUUGUCCAGCUCUGCAAGGAGCUCGGUAUGCAGCUGCCGGUGUACAAGAUCAAUCGCGAAAACGGGGACUUCUGGGGCGGCCAUGCUGAGUUCGACCGCACCGCCUCUGGCGCUGACUUGCCGCUCAGCGUGGGAGAGGUCACCGGGGUUUACGGGAGCAAGAAAUCCGGUAGAGAGGCCGUCGCUGGACAGCUCCUCAAGGCCUUGAGAAAGAUCAAGGCGGAUCGAAAGGCCAUAUAUGACGAGCUGAUAAAUGAUCUGGGCUUGCCGGGCAGUGCCGCUUGACGGGUGGGGCCUAUGUGGUGUGUUGCCUCCAGCAGACUAGGUAGGCAACAUCAAAGUAUUGGGCUAAGGAUGAGACAAUCGAAGUGCAUACAAGUCCCUCCAAGCAGGCAUUGCGAGAGACUGGGAGACAAGCUCGACAACAAGGGCUGUAUACUAAGUUUGACCACUGCAUGGCCGGCCCAAACGGCUAAGGUGCUAUUCACAGAGGCGGUUAUCGACACUCUGCAGGAGCGCAAGGGGAGGCAGACUCUGAAAACCACAAAGAUGCAGCUGACUAGAUUACCGGU